UAAAGUUUAAAGUCUUGGUUUCUUCGUUUCUUUUUAAAUUUGAACUUUAAAUUUUCUUUAAUUAAAAAAAACAAAAAUGACAAGAUCAUCACCAUCAAAACGAUCCUAUCAAAGGAUGCAACAACAAUCAAAAUUGGCAAAAUUGACCGAACAACAGCAUCCCGAAUUGAAAUCGAAAAAAAUUCCGAAUUUAAAAACAACAAUGUCAAGUACAUCGAAUAUUGAUCGAUUAGUUGGCCGUGAUGAUGAAUAUCAAAAAUUAUUCAAAUUAAUUGAUCAAGGAUUAUCAUCAAGAACAUCAUUAACAGUUUAUAUUUCUGGUCCAGCUGGUACGGGUAAAACAUUGACAACCACUACAGUUAUUGAAGAAUUACAAUCAUCACCGAAAUGGAAAAAUCAUUUCAAAUUUAUAUCGAUAAAUUGUAUGUCAUUUCAAAAUGCAAACGAUUUUUAUUCAUCAAUAAUGGCUCAUUUUGAACCACGACGACCAAAACGAUCUGCCACCACCAACAAUGUUAACACCUUAUCUUCGAAUGCAUCGAAUCCAAAUUUAGAAGAAUUAAAAACAUUGAUAAAUAGUCAAUCAUCAUCAUCAAUGAUGACCAUAUUUGUUUUCGAUGAAAUUGAUCAAUUACAAACAAAAAAUCAAAAUGUUUUAAAUAGUAUUUUUCGGCUACCAUUACAAUUACCAGAUCGUGUCAUUUUGAUUGGUAUUGCAAAUGCAUUAGAUUUUACUACCAAAACAAUGUCCUGGUUAAAAUUCGGUAAUGAUAAUAAUUUUCAUGAAAUUCGUUUUUUACCAUAUCGUAAAGAACAAAUUGUUAAGAUAAUUGAAAAUCGAUUACGAGAAUUACAAGAUGAAAACAAACCACUUAUUGAUCGGUCGGCAGUAGAAUUUUGUGCACGAAAAAUUGCAUCAUCAAGUGGUGAUAUUCGUAAAGCAUUGGAUGUUUGUCGUCGUGCUUGCGAACUUAUCGAUAAUGAUUCAUGUUGUAGCAAUAACAACAAUAGUCGCAGUCCUAAACCGAAAACCGUAAUGUCACCAUUACGUUCACGUGAAAAUACCGUAAACAAAAACGAACCGGUAACCGUAAAUCUUAUGAUGAACGUUUUGAACAAAGUUUAUGGUAACGCUAUCGAUAAAAUUGAUUCACCUACUACUAAUACUACUGGUGGUGCUCGUAACUUUUUACCAUCCGAUCAACAGGUUAUAUUGACUGCAUUUCUUGUUUUACUUAAAACACGUUCAUUACGUGAAAUACGUCUAUCUGAAUUACGUGAAACAAUAAUUAAAAUAUGUCGACGUCGUUCGAUUAGUACUGAAGGUAAAUCCGAAUCCGAUAUAUUAAAUAUGUGUCAAUAUUUAAGUGAUUAUGGUUUUGUAAAAGUAAAUACAGCAAAACGUUCAGAAACAUCAACAGGAACAUCAAGUCCAUUUAAACCAAAACGAACACCAACUAAAAAUAAUAAACCGCGAUUAAAUGAUGGUUCGACAACAACAUUAUCAUUGAUAAUUGAUCAUACGGAAACUGAACAAUUGAUUAGUUCAUUUCAUCGUUUGAUUGUUGAUGAUGCAUCUAGUUUUUUAUAGAAAGUUUUAAUCAAUUUAUAAACAACAUCUGUUCAUAUCGACUUACAUAACUUAUCUCUGUGUCAAUGGGCUGUGUUGUGUGUUUUUGGUUUUGUUUAUAAACAAAACAAAGUUCAUA